CCUGCAUCUGGUGCUUGCAUUUUUUUUUUCAUUCCUCAUAACUAAUGGACCAAUUGAGCGCCCCCUCUAGCGUGCUCUCGUACCGUCUUACACGAGCCCUCCCACACCUUGUGCUUGCCGCCACCCAUGUCUGGACUGUCUUGUGCCCCAACACCUCCUGCCCACUCAUGCGAACUCCCCGAUACUGUCUCUAUCAUUACAUUCAUGAUUUAAAUUAUUUUAUGCAUGGGGCAGUUCAAAUUCAAUAUACUUAUUCUUCGUAUCAACUAAUACGUUAGUCGACGAGUGGGAUGGGCAUCAUUUCAAGCCUAGUGUUUAAACGUUAUGUUCUAUCGAUUUCAAACUGUUAUCAUACCUAA